ACGUGAUAUAUUGAGAUAAGAUUAAGAAUCCAGUCACUAGAGCAUUCUGCCGUUUUCCCAUUAUACAAUAUAUCGUAAAGGAUUUCACAGGAACACCAGGAUGAAAGCGAUACACAUCACACUGUGCGUUUUUCUCUUCUUCAUUUUUGCAGAGUACACUGACAGUUGUCGCCAUGAUAGUGAAUGCCAAGAUAUGGAUUGUCCUCAUGGUCAACAUCACUACUGCUACUUCUUCCGUUGCCAUUGCCGAGAUUGUUCUCAUGACAGUGAUUGCCAUUGCAGUCAUGGACAACAUCCACACUGCUCACAUCACAGCUGUGGCUGCUAUGACUGUACCGAAGACUCCCACUGUACAUGCUCUGCGGGCUUUAAAGGAACAUGUCUAUCCGAUCGACGAUGUAGCUGUGAGGCAGUACAUACAACUACCACCACUACCACCACCACAACUACACCGUUGAUGCAAUUGGAAUGCAGCCAUCACAAGGUCAGUGUUAUCGAGUCCAUCGCUGAAAAUUUACAUGUGGAGGACAGCCGAGCAGCGGUGUGUCCCGGAAACAACAAACACCAGUCGUCCGAGGCUUUUGUUAUCCACAAAUGCAACUCCACAAAAAGUAGUCUGUGGACACAAGGCUCAUCGAUGAGAACUAUGUGUAAAACACUUCACCCAUACACACCCAUUGCAACGUUCUUCGACAGUGGCAACAAUAUGGCGGGCUUCUUUAUUGAAUGCACACUUACAGGAGAUGGGUUAAAGAUAGCAGCCCAGACGUGCAACGAUGCCCCGAUGAUCAUGAUGUUGAACGAGACAACAACUCCGCGCAUGUCCGAUUUCUACACUAUUAACCAACAUGUGUGAUUUCAAUUCAGUUGUACAGGAAAAAAAUUUCAUUAAAGCAUUAUAUUACAAGCA